UUGUAUUUGAGCUUGUUUCUGUGCUUCUUAUGGCUUUUUUCAUACUAAAAGUGGCACCCCUUUUGAAUAUAGUUCUUGCUUUAUUUUUGAUAUCAGAAAGAACUAUUGUAGUUGCUAGGCAUGGACAAUGGUCCAAUGAAAAGAAAUCAAACAUCCAAACCAAUGAUCAUCUUGUUACCAAUUUGCCCGGUCAACCUAACGUAGAAUUUCAACACUAUUCUGGAUAUGUAACUGUAAAUGAACAAAAUGGCAGAGCACUAUUUUAUUGGUUUUAUGAAGCUUGGACUCUCCCAGAUGAAAAGCCAUUGGUGUUGUGGCUUAAUGGAGGUCCAGGGUGUUCUUCUGUGGGAUAUGGAGCUACACAAGAGAUCGGUCCAUUUAUCGUUAGUACAGAUGGAAACGGGCUUCAGUUAAAUCCUUACUCAUGGAAUAGAGAAGCCAAUAUGUUGUUCUUGGAAUCUCCUGUUGGUGUUGGCUUUUCUUAUUCCAACACAACUAGUGAUUAUGAUAACCUCGGAGACGACUUCACUGCAAAUGACACUUAUAACUUCCUGCAUAACUGGUUUGAGAAGUAUCCAUCUUAUCGAACAAGAAUGUUUUAUAUUGCUGGAGAGAGCUACGCAGGAAAAUACGUGCCAGAACUCGCAGGCCUUAUUACCGAUAGAAAUAAGGAUCCUUCCCUUUUUAUCAACUUGAAAGGAAUACUGUUAGGUAAUCCUGAAACAAGUGAUGCCGAGGAUUGGAAAGGGCUGGUUGACUAUGCUUGGAGCCAUGCUGUUGUAUCAGAUGAAACACACAAAACAAUAAGAGAAUCAUGUGAUUUCAACAGUAAUGAUACGUGGAGCAACAAUGACUGCAGCGACGCUGUUGAUGAAGUUCUCAGACAAUACAAAGAAAUCGACAUCUACAGUCUCUACACCUCCGUUUGUAUUGCUAACUCAGCUUCUUCAGAUAACAAAGCAUUGCAAGUCAUGUUAAAAAAGACCAAAUCCAAUAUGAUGCCUCGAAUACUCGGCGGUUAUGAUCCCUGCCUAGAUGAUUAUGCAAAAGGUUACUACAAUAAACCCGAGGUUCAAAAGGCUCUUCAUGUUAACAACGGCCUUCUGCUCAAGAACUGGACCAUUUGCAACAUGGACAUAUUUAAUGGUUGGUCACAGUCCAAAGGUUCAGUUCUUCCAAUAUACAAGAAACUCAUUGAUGCAAAACUUAGGAUAUGGGUGUACAGUGGAGAUACUGAUGGAAGAGUACCCGUGUUGUCAACUCGAUAUAGUUUAAGCUCUCUGGGCUUGCCUAUUACAAGGGCAUGGAGGCCAUGGUACAACCAAAAGCAGGUGAGUGGCUGGCUUCAAGAAUACCAAGGGCUAACUUUCGCGACAUUUAGAGGAGCUGGUCAUGCAGUGCCGAUUUUCAAACCAAGUGAAUCACUAGCAUUCUUCACUUCAUUUCUCCUAGGGGAAUCUCCUCCUUCCCAUCGAUAAAUCACUCGUCGAUACAAGCUCGGUCAGACUGUUCGUGAUGAACCCUU